UAUUAAAACUCUCCAAGCGUGAAAGAAAACGUAAUAAGAAGUUAGAAGAGCUGGAGAAGGAAAUGUUAGAAACAAAAGCUGAAGAGAAUAAGCAAGCAAAGCAAAAACAAAUGACGGAAAUAACCAAAGUGUUAUUUACUAUAUACUUUAGAAUUUUGAAGAGGGCCCCAAAUUCAAAAGUUUUGAGUGUGGCAUUAGAAGGAUUAUCAAAAUUUUCCCAUGUAAUAAAUCUGGAAUUAUACUCAGAUUUAGUUGAUGUAUUGAAUUCAUUAAUGCAACCAGGUGAUGAUGAUGAUGAUGAAAAAAGAGUGUUGAAUCACAGAGAUCAACUGAUGUGUGUGCAAACUGUAUUUUCUGUAUUGUCAGGGCAAGGAGAGUGUUUGAAUAUAGAUCCUUUGAGAUUUUAUACACAUUUGUACAGAAACUUAAUGCACAUUAAUGCAGGUCGAACAAAUAUUGAUUUAGAAACUGCUGUUAAGACAUUAUGUCAUGUUUUGAUUAGAAGACGAAAACAACUAUCCCAACAAAGACUCCUUGCAUUUUGA